AUGGCUUCGAGCAAUCACGAUACAUGGUUUUCUGAACCGCCGACGCAGAUGUUGUCCCUGGAUGCAAUGAUUGCUACUAGAUCGUCCCACGCAUUCGCGCCGAGCCUGCCACCACUUCCGGAACAAGACUGUGAUCUUGAUUGGGACGAAAGCAUGUUUAUCCCGCAGGACCCGUACGCAGGCUUCAAACAAGCCUCCACAACUGUCGCCGCUGCAACCGCCAACGAGUCUCCGCCCAAAGUAUUCGAAGAACUGAACCAGUUACGAAACGAGUUCCAACAAUUGCGUCUUGAUAUUUCAGAGCUGCAGGAUAUGUUCCGUAAACGGCUAGAUGGUAUGGAGACAAGCAUCUUGGUAGCUCAACGCUAUGUUAAUAAUUUGGUACCUUGGUCGAUGGAAGUUCACGAGAAGUAUUCAAAACUAUUAGAGAUGGUGAAAAACCAGGAGCAACGAGCCGCGGAGAGCAGGACGUGA